UUCAUGGAAACACCUUCGGUUGUGACGUCAACUCUAAUGGACUUCCUCACAACCACAAAUUUCACAAAAACCAGUAUUACAUAGAAAUAUCUGAGUACCAAGAGAACGGAACCAGGCAAUUCCAAAUUCACUGUAAUUUUGAGGCAAGGAUUGGAAGUCGUGAACAAUGCCUCUCAAGGUACUUUCUGCCCUCGACUCGGCGCGUACGCAGUUGUACCAUUUCACUGCAAUAUUUAUCUCAGGCAUGGGCUUUUUCACCGAUGCCUACGAUUUAUUCUGCAUCCCACCAGUUUGUAAUCUACUGGGAAGCAUCUACUAUGAAAAUAAGAUGCCCAUUCACGUCAAAGCCCUCGUCAAUGGAAUCGCUCUAUGCGGGGCAUUCGCAGGCCAACUCUUCUUCGGUUGGCUUGGAGACAGAAUGGGACGAAAGAGGGCCUACGGAUUUACCCUAACAUUGAUGGUGUCGAGUUCUAUUGCUUCUGGCUUCUCAAUUGGCAGAUCACCCGGAUGCGUAAUUGGGAGUUUAUGUUUCUUCAGGUUCUGGUUAGGGUUUGGUAUUGGCGGGGAUUAUCCUUUGUCUGCGACAAUCAUGGCCGAAUACGCAAAUACCAAGACCAGAGGAGCUUUCAUCGCUGCGGUAUUUGGGAUGCAAGGGCUUGGAAUUCUGGCGGCUAGUACUGUGGCUCUAAUUGUAUCGGCUAUCAUGAAGUCAGCAGGAGGCGAUAAGCCAUCAUUCGAGCAAAAGGAUGCGGUAUGGAGAAUAAUCUUAAUUCUGGGAGCCGUUCCUGCAGGUUUCACGUUUUACUGGCGAAUGAGAAUGCCCGAGACCGCCCGCUAUACCGCUUUGGUGGCAAGAGACGCAAGGCAAGCUGAACAGGAUAUGUCCAGAGUUCUUCAUCUGGAUAUUUAUGAAAUUGAUUCAUAUAUUCUAAGCACCCAAACUCGGCAACCACAGUUCGGAUUGUUUUCCAUGGCUUUCGUGAAGCGGCACGGGCUAGAGUUACUAGGCACGUCGUCCACUUGGUUCUUCGUGGAUAUGGCGUUCUACAGCGGCAAUCUGUUUCAGAACGAUAUAUAUCAUGAGGUUGUAGGGUUGAAGAAACAGUGCCAGUAUACACAUCCUUUGGAUGAAGUUUUUCGGACAGCAAAAGGGCAGGCGGUGAUUGCGUUGUGUGGAGCUCUGCCAGGAUACAUAUUUUCUAUUCUUCUAAUAGAUCGUAUUGGGAGGUUUAAAAUUCAGGCAAUUGGGUUUUUCUUUAUGUCAGUUUUCCUGUUCGCCCUGGCCAUUCCUUACAAAAGUUAUUGGCUUAAAGAGCCUCAUCGAUAUGGGUUUUUGGCUAUUUAUUGUCUGACAUUUUUCUUUGCAAAUUUUGGGCCCAAUACGACAACUUUCAUUGUGCCGGCGGAGUUGUUUCCUGCUCGAUUGCGAUCGACGUGCCAUGGUAUUUCUGCAGCCGCUGGUAAAGCAGGCGCCAUCAUUGGAGCAUUUGGGUUCUUGUAUGCCUCUCAACCCAGGCAUAAGGAGAAUCAUGGGCAUGAUAAUAAUUGCAGAAACUCUUAUCCAACGGGCAUAGGAGUGAAGAAUGCUUUGAUUAUUCUUGGAGUAGCAUGUUGCUUGGGGUUCGUUUGCACAUUUCUGAUACCUGAAACAAAGAAAAGAUCAUUGGAAGAAAAUGAGUUGGAACUUGCUAAGAUAGAUGCCGAUUCCUGCAGCAUACAGUAGCGAGAAAGGAUGCACGUGGCACAUUUUAUUCCAAGCUUCCUUCGUAGGAAUCAGUCUUCUAUAGAUUUCAAUCUAUUCUUGAAACGUAGGGAACCUAGGCCAUCCAAAUUAAGUUUGACUUGUCAAUAAUAGUGUUUUUUGCUUUUAACGCCGGAAUGAAUACCGUUUCUUUAGGAAUUCUAUCCGUCUUCAAUGUAUAUAUUGUUGUUACUCUUAUUGAGAACACCCUUGGAAAAGGUAGUAUUAAGUUCAAAAUUAAG